AUGCAAGGUCAUGUCCUCUAUAAUAUAGUACCAAAAAUGACGGAUACUACAAACAAAAAAGAGCGAGCGCAUGAAGAAACAGCUAAACCAGAAUUAGAACUAACAGAAUCUGUGGUCGCCAAUGAUAAUAAUAAUGAUGAUGAUGACGAAGUAUUAGAGAAUAAGAUGGAAAAUCAAGACGAACCGACGCAUGUUACUACAAAUUUACUGCACAGUAUUAACGUAGUAGAAGCACAUAAGCAUAAAGAUUAUGGUGGUGCUAAAGGACAUGACGAAGAUGAACAAGCGAAAAAAGUUAAACAGAAGAGACAGCGAUUUCAUGUUGAUCAUUUGAAAGAUUUAUUUGAAAAUGAAAUGGAUGCUGGUUAUGUACCGUAUAACGAAACAAAUGCUGAAGUUGUAAAACGUUUUUGCUCCAAAAUGCACGAAGAUGAUCAACCAUUCUAUAUUGUUAAUUUAUCUCAUUUUGCUCGACAAUAUUAUCAAUGGAUCCAUUAUUUGGCGCGUGUUAAACCAUUCUUUGCAGUUAAAUCCAAUCCAAGUGCUUUUAUUAUUAAAAUAUUAGGACAUAUUGGAGCCGGUUUCGACUGUGCUUCAGUAGAUGAAUUAGAUUUAGUCUUAUCUACGUGUAGUAAUAUUGACUGUGGAAAACGUAUUAUUUAUGCACAUCCAUGUAAACCAAUUUCACACAUGAAAUAUUUUCGAGAUAAAGGUGUUGAAAUGACAGUGGUUGAUAAUGAAGACGAGUUACAUAAAUUAAAAGAACAUUGGCCUAAUGCAAAAGUGCUGGUUCGAUUGAAAACGAAUGAUAGUCAUUCCAAGAGUCCUUUUAGUACAAAAUUUGGUGCUAAUGAGUGUGAAAUUCGGAGAUUAUUAACAUUAGCCAAACAACUUGAUAUACAUUUAGUCGGAUGUUCAUUUCAUGUUGGUAGUCGAUGUUAUGAUAUAAAUGUUUAUAAAGAAGCAUUAGAAUUUGCACGAAAAAUAUUCGAUAUAGUUCACGAUGAAGAAUAUGGAUUUCAAUUUUCGAUUAUAGAUAUUGGUGGUGGUUUCACUGGACAUAACUGGGAUAAACCGUCGUUUCCUGAAGUGGCACAAUCGAUUCAUGAAAUGAUUAAUAAACUAUUUCCAGAAAAGAAAGGCUACCAGUUGAUGGCCGAGCCUGGGAGAUAUUUUUCAUCUGGUGAUACGAUUUUGGUAUGCAGCAUUAUUGCAAGACGUUUGCAUAAUAAAGAAUAUAGUUCGAAAGAAGAAAUUUCAGAAGCACAAAAAGAAAAAACUAAAGAAAAAGCUUUAAUUGAAUCAGCGGAAAAUAUUUACUAUAUCAAUGAUGGAAUUUAUGGUACAUUCAAUGCAAUUGUAUUCGAUCACAAAGUCUUUAUUGUUCAUUAUCUAACAAAAAGUAAUGAUAAACAGAUCCCAGAACAGUACAAGUCUGUCAUAUUUGGACCAACGUGUGAUUCCAUUGAUUGUAUUGCACAUUCAAUUGAUUUACCCCUAUUAAAUGUUGGUGAUCGUUUAUGGUUUCCAGAUGUAGGAUCAUAUACAAAUGCUAGUGCUUCAAGUUUUAAUGGAUUUAAAACAAAAAAAUAUUUUUUUAUAUGGAGAAAUUAA